UUUGUGAUGAUGAUGAUGAUGAUUUAACGUAAUAAAAUCGAUUCACAACAUUCUUUCUGUGUUCAUCACGUACAUUGAAUGACUGAUCAAAAAUUAAAACGAAAGAUUAAUUGUUAUAUUGGAAAAAUUUUUCCGAAUCUCUGAAUUAUGGCUGACACAUCAUCAUCAUCAUCAUCAUCAUCAUCGGCAACAACAAAUCGUAAUACUGAUGUUAAUAAUGAAGAAACAUCAUCGACUGGUAUCGGUGCUGUUAUCAGAUAUUUGACAUCAAAACCGUCAGUCUCAUUUUUAAUGAUCAUACGAAUGGCCGCAUUAUUGUUAACAUUUUUAUACAUGGUACCAUUAACAUCAUUUUCACCAUCAAAUUUAUAUCAAAAAUCAUUGGUAUCAAAUGCUGCCAUAUCAGCAUUACGUCUUCAUCAACGUUUACCACCAUUUCGUAUAAGCCGAGAAUAUUUUUCAAUGCUUUUAUUAGAAGAUUCGGCUCAUUAUCUAUUUUAUUCACUUAUAUUCAUUUCAAAUCAGCCGAUUACAAUGGUAUUAUUACCAAUUACAUUAUUCUCAUUUCUACAUGCCUGUAGUGCUAUACUUAAUGUCUGUAAUGUUGCCGGUAUUGCCGGACCACCUAAACGCUUUCUGGAGAAUAUAUUACAAAGUCAACGACAAAUACUGUUCACUAUUGCAUUGGCCGAAAUCACAUUAAUGCCGACCAUUUUAUUUGCCAUAAUGGCUGGUUUGGCCAGUAUAUUCACUCCAUUUAUGUACUAUCAAUUUGUAUCAUUACGUUAUUCAUCACGUCGUAAUCCAUAUAGUCAACAGGCAUUCCAUUGGCUACGAUUAUCAUUACAAAAUUUUGCAAUGUCACCACGUUGUCCAUCAAUAUUGCGUACAAUCAUUUAUCGUGGUAUCGAACUUGUAUGUCGAUUUGCUCCACAAAUUCAACAAUGAUUCAACACACUUACACAUACACACACACACACUACAUUCGGUGACCAAAAAAAAACAACAUUCGAUUCGAUUUUAUUUGCUUAAUCAAAAAAAAAAAAAAAAAAUCUUUAUUAGUUCAUAGUAUAGUUAUAUCGCACGGCAAACCAAGAAAAAAAAUAUAGAUCUUUUUUUUAUAUUUUCAUCUUUUUUUUCUAAAAAAAAAAAAAAAAUAUAACCCACUACAAUACACAACAUUCAACUUGCUAAUUUACAUAUUAUAUACCAGCGGAAAUAAUCCACUACUUGGUAUAUUUUAUGGUGAAAAUAAAGAAGAAAAAAAAUCUAUGUUUAAA